UCUCGGAAACCGCUUUCCCAGUUGGGAUUCAUACACUCCAAUAUCUGCACGUUACUAUACGCGUCUCCCUGGCCCCUUCCCCGAACUCCACCUCUACUUCGCCCUAAUCUCCUCCAUAUAUACGCCUUUUCCAACAAUCCCACACUUAAAAGCCUCAUCUUUUUCUCAACAUUUCUGAAAAUUUUUUAUUUUGAUUGAAUUCUCUGUUAGUUUCUCCAAUUUCCCACUCGAGAAAUCGUGUUUUCUUUACUGGGUUCGCUUCCAAAAAUGGUGAAAGUGAGCAACAACCUCCUGGGUCUUCUCAACAUCGCCACGUUCUUGAUCUCAAUCCCAAUCCUCGCCGGCGGGAUAUGGCUGUCCCGGCAGGCCAACACGGAGUGCGAGCAGUUCCUGGAGAAGCCGGUGAUAGCUCUGGGGGUGUUCGUCAUGGUGGUUUCACUCGCCGGCCUCAUAGGCUCGUGCUGCAGAGUCACCUGGCUUCUCUGGGUCUAUCUUCUGGUGAUGUUCUUGCUCAUUGUGCUUCUCUUCAGCUUCACCAUUUUUGCUUUUGUGGUGACUAAUAAGGGGGCAGGGGAGGCCCUGUCUGGGAGAGGGUAUAAGGAGUAUAGGCUUGGGGAUUACUCUCAUUGGCUGCAGAAAAGGGUUAAUAAUAACUGGGGUAGAAUUGGGAGCUGCCUUCAGGAUAGUAAGAUCUGCCAGAAGCUCAUUGAUGAUGGCUCCAACACUGCUGCUAAUGAUUUCUACAAAGGACACCUUUCUGCCCUUCAGUCGGGAUGCUGCAAGCCAUCGAAUGACUGCAACUUCGAGUAUGUGAGCCCAACGAACUGGACCAAGACCCCGACCUCGUCCUUGACCAAUCAAGAUUGUGUUACUUGGAGCAAUGACCCGAAGACGUUAUGCUACAGCUGCCAAUCGUGCAAAGCGGGGCUGCUUGAUAACAUCAAGACGGACUGGAAGAAAGUCGCGAUCAUCAACAUCAUCUUCCUCAUCUUCCUUAUUAUCGUAUACUCGGUGGGGUGUUGUGCUUUCAGAAACAACAGGGAGGAUAACUCUUGGAAGCGUUAUCCUUGAAUCCUUCGCUCUAGUUUGAUCAGGCCGGGUAGAUAUUAGUGUUUUGGAUCUAUUGCUUGAUUUUGGACUGCCUUUUUCUCUACUGGUUUGUUGCACUCUUAGCUUGCUGUCAUGUAGUAUGCUUUAUUGUACAGUCUUAUCGGUUUUCGCCAUAUUGAACAAUAAUGCAUCAUCACUUCAUGUCUUAGUAUUGUUGUUUGCUUGAA